AUGGUACUCAGGCAGAAAGUCAUGGGAGCUUUCCUUGUUCUUCCUCCUCGCCACGCCAUCAUUUCUCAGCUGCUCAACCAACCAGAAAUCCUUCAACGUUCAAACUCUAUUGAGUCAGACCUUGGUAAAAAUCAGAGACAAAGUAUCAGCUCUGCUAGGAUCUGUGAAGAAAAGAGCCUUGAGGAGGAGACUGUCCAGAAAUGGCAUCAGGAGAAAGGACACCAGGCCUUGGUGAGGCCACAGGAGGUGGCCUGGGAUGAGCAGGGAAUGACAUGGGAGGUGUAUGGAGCAUCAGUGGACUUGGAGUCGUUGGGUGCUGCCAUACAGUCCCACUUGGAGUCCAAGAUUCGCGAGCAGGAAAAGCAUAUCAGGAAUCUGAGGAUCGAGACGGUCGACCUCCCCGUCAAUGUCCGGACUGAUGAUGUCAUCUUCAAGUUUCUACAGACUUUUCUGCUUUCAUCUGAAAUGGCAUCAUCAGCGCUGAUGAACUUGCUGCACCGUGGGCGACUUACCGUCAGCCGUCAGACCCUCCUCAAUGUUCUCUCCUCGUCGGAAACCUCCACGGACCAGGUCAGCGUGGGGGUGAUGUGUGGACUUGUUAGCCAUCGAAAAGCCAGCGGGACUCCACGCUUGGAUAGAGCUGUCACUGGUCGCCCGCUCACCUGGGACUCCUUCGGCAUCUGGGACAACCGGAUAGAAGAGCCCAUCCUGCUGCCCUCCAGCAUCAGAUAUGGAAAGCCCAUCCCGCAGGUCAGUUUAUCUCGGGUGGGCAGUGCCUCAGUGCUGGGUCUCAGGGAGCAAAACGAGGACCGUCUCCGCAUCGCCCGUAUCCAUGACAACGUGUUAUACUUUGCAGUUUUUGAUGGUCAUGGCGGCCUGCAUGCCGCGGACUACUGCUACACCUUCAUGGAGAAAUUUAUCAGAGAUGCUUUGGAGGAUGAGGAAGAUUUGGAGAAAGUUUUAGCAAAAGCUUUCCUAGACACUGACAAAGCGCUUCACAAGCAUCUCAGCUACUUCAGUGAUGAGGCCUUCCUGAGGGCCGGCACCACGGCAACAGUCGCCGUGCUGCGCGAUGGUGUGGAGCUGGUCAUUGCAAAUGUGGGCGACAGUCGGGCGAUGAUCUGCAGGAAGGGUCAGGCUAAAAAGCUGACCAAAGACCACACGCCAGACCGCAAGGAUGAGAGGCAGAGAAUCCAGAGGUGCGGCGGCUUUGUGACAUGGAACAGUUUGGGUCAGGCAAACGUGAAUGGUAAGCUUGCAAUGACCCGCAGCAUCGGAGACUUCCAUCUAAGAUCCAGCGGAGUCAUCGCUGAGCCAGAGUUACAACGGACCAAUAUCCAGCACGCCAACGACUCCUUCCUGGCCCUGACCACAGACGGCAUUAACUUCCUCCUCAGUGACCAGGAGAUCUGUGACGUCAUCGGCCAGUGUCAGGAUCCUACUGAGGCUGCUGAUGUCAUCACUCAGCAGGCAAUGCAGUACGGUUCUGAAGACAACUCCACCAUCAUCAUCAUACCCUUCGGGGCCUGGGGGAAACAUCAGAGCGCCAGAGUCAGUUACAGCAUGAGCAGGAACUUCAUCUCCAGUGGCCGAUGGGUGUAGUGGGCACUGAAUCACACUUUGGUUGUCAACAUUAGUGAUUCAUUUUCUCAUCCUUUGGAAGACCCAUAUUUCAAGUGUAAUCAUGAUACUCCAUGGAGAAUGUGACGUUUUUUUUUCUUUCAGAUGACAUUUUAUUUUGUCUUGUUGUCUUGCUCCAUUCUCGAAAAUGGGGGCAGGUGGUCUUUUUGGAUUUAACCAAGUCAUUUUCAUGAAAGAGAGAUUGUUUACAACAUGAGUGUAGGAAAAAUGUCUUUAA